UCGUGGUUUCUCAGUACCUUACACUUCUUCUAUCUGAAGCCUCAGCUACUCAUCCCUCUAACAGCCACCAUGGUUCACUGGACAGCCGAAGAGAAGGCCACUAUCAACGCCGUAUGGAAGAAAAUUGAUCUUGAGCAUGAUGGUGGAGAUGCUCUAGGAAGGCUGCUCCUGGUCUACCCCUGGACCCAGAGGUAUUUCAGUUCUUUCGGAAGCCUGUCCAACGCAGCUGCAAUUGCUGGAAAUGCCAAGGUACAGGCCCACGGCAAGAGGGUCCUGGGAGCUCUGGACAACGCUGCUCACCACUUGGAUACCAUUAAAGCCACUCUCCACGACCUCAGUGACAGCCAUGCCCACCGUCUGUAUGUGGAUCCAGAAAACUUCAGGCGUUUUGGUGAAGUGUUCGUGAUUGUUCUGGCUGGAAAAUUAGGAUCCUCCUUCAGUCCAUCAGUCCAGGCUGCUGUUGAGAAAUUCUUUGCAGUUGUUGUGGAUGGUCUUAGCCACGAAUAUCACAACUAAAUGUACUCGCACUUAAAACGGCAUGUUCACAAUGAAACAACUAAUAAAAUGUGAUUUCAAGUAAAA